UAAUGCGUUUGGUCCAUUCACCUCUGUAUGAUGCGAAGGACAGGAGAAGAAAACACAAUGCUAAACAAAAACAAAAAACUAAAAUGGAGUCGGAGGAAGUCUUUAAAUGGACUGAUGCCAACACUACCGAUCUGAUUGUAUGGCGAGUCAGCAACAACAGUCUGUUUACAGGCAAAAGAAAUGCAGCCAUCAAAGCCUUUGAACUUUAUGUCAAAGAGAAACAACUGCAAGGGAAAGUUACCCCUGCUUGGGUUAGAAAAAAGUGGGAGAAUCUAAAACAGAAGUACAAGGACCUUAAGAGUCUCAGUAUAGUUGGAGGGGACACAGCAAUUGCAACCUGGAAGUGGUAUGCAAUCAUGGAUGGUGCACUGAGUUCCGAGAUCCCUUUUAGCCCCCUCAUUACACCGGUCCACGGGUCCUCAUCCGCUCAGGAUGCUCCUCCCAUCAAGCAGAGGAAGGAGGAGGACUGGAUGAAAGCCCUGCGGGAGAUGGAGAGAAGACAGGAGGAACGAGAGAGACGAUCGGCGGAGAGAGAGGACGAAAGAGACAGACGGGCCGCAGCAAGAGAGGAGGAGAGAGACCGAAGGGCUGCAGAGAGGGAGACGGAACGGGAUCGAAGGGCCACAGAGAGGGAAGAUGAGAGAGAGAGAGAGGCGCUGGAGAGGGAGAUGAGGAGAGAACGAGAGAUGUUUGCGAGAGAGGAACGGUGGGAGAAAGAGAUGCUGGCUAGAGAAGAGAGGCAGGAAAGGGAGCACAGAGAAAGAGAGGAGAGGAGAGAAAGGGAAGCUGCUGCUAGAGAAGAAAGGCUCUUUAAACUCCUGGAGACAUUUCUGGCCAACAAAUAAAACAGUUACUGAUGUGAUUACAUUCCAAGAAUUGCCUAUUUUCUACUAAUAAACUAUUUUGGUUUGCA